AUGGCUGAUCCGCUACGCAGCCUCGGCAAAGGCACGAUUCUGGUGACAGGCGCGAACGGCAGCCUUGGCAGUACCAUCGCCUCACAGAUCGUGUCUACGCCCGAGCUCGCAGCUUACCAUGGCCUCUAUGCAGUGCGCAACGCAGAGGCGGCGCCCACCCUUAGAUCUGCCAUCGCGCAGAACGGGCUUCAAAGUACCAACCCGCACACUCACGACAUAAUCUCCCUCGACCUGGCGGACCUAGCCAGCGUGCGCGCCGUGGCCGCCACCAUCAAGGCGCGAGUUGCCGCGGGCGAGAUCCCGCCGAUCCGUGCGCUUAUUCUCAACGCAGGCUAUCUCGAGUUCACAACGCAGUCGUGGACGGAGGACGGCUUCGACAUGUCGUUCGCGAGCAACUACCUCGGCCACUGGCUGCUGACGCUGCUGCUGCUGGGGAGCAUGGACCGCGAGGAGGGGAGGGUUGUUGUGGUCGGCAGCGAGGCGCACGAUCCGCACAACCCGAAGGGCAAGGCAUCAUACGGCGAGGGGUGGACCGAGUUCAUGCGAGACGGCAGUGGGCCAGUAGCCCGAGGCACUUGGAGCACGUCCAAGGAGAACCCGACUUACAGCGGCGGAUUCCGCCGCUACGGCGCGGCGAAGUUCUGCCAGGUGAUGAUGAUUCCCGAACUCCAGCGGAGGCUCGACACAGACCCGGCCCUCUCGCGGAUCUGCGUCCUCGGCGUCGACCCGGGCUCCAUGACUGGUAAUCUCACGCGUCGUGGGCCGUGGUUCAUUCAGAUCAUGUUCCAAUUCAUCAUGCCGUGGCUGGCGCCGCUCAUGGCAUGGCUGCAGCCUAACGGCGCUCUGCGCACGUUGAAGCUUGGUGCGGCGGACAUCAUCGCUGGUGCUUUCAAGGGUGCGCCACCUCCCAAAGGAAUGUACUUCUACGGGCCCCGGGUCGAGGAGAUGGCGGCUGAGGCGAAGGACGUGAGGAAGAGAGAGAGGCUCUGGGUGGAGACGGUAGGGUACACGGGGCUGAAGGAGGGCGAAACCAUUUUGACGAAUUGGAGGUGA